AUGAGAGCCAAUCUAUUAUUGGAAAAAUUACACAACUCAAGUUCAUGGAUGAACCCUUCCUCACUCGCUCAUAAAUAGUCUACUGAGAUAUAGAAUAUUUACAUAGACAAAUUUGAAAUAAUGAAUGAUGGCAAUAUCGAUGAAAAUAUUCUUUCGUUAUAUAAUGCCCAAAAGUGGAAAGAGAUCGUUACUUUGUCUUCCACGAUUGACAGUCUCAGAACUUGCAGAUUGUCGUGGGUAUUGCCAGAUAUAAGUGAUUUAAGUUGGAUAAAUAAUAUCGUACGAGAGUAUAAUGUACACGGGAUUGCAAGUAUUGGUUGUGGUUGUGGAUUACUGGAAUGGUUAUUACAAAAGCAUUCAGGAUUGGAUGUCAUGGGUAUAGAGUUGGAUGGUUCCUGGUGGAACAGCAAAUAUUCUCCACCACGAUUUUUAAAGAAUAUUAUCUUCGUUGAGAAUAAGCCAAUGAAUUUUCAAGUGCCGAAAAGAUAUGCUAUGCUAUUUUGCUAUUUUAAUAAUAGUGCAGCUUUUUGCGAUUAUGUAAAAAAUUACAAAGGUAAUUUGAUUCUCGUCAUUGGACCCGCCCAGGGUGAUAAUUGCACGACAGAUCCAUUGCCGUUCGAUACUAAAUUUGAAAAGUAUAAUUGGAAAUUAAUAAAAGAAAGAAAACUUGUGCAUUCUAAUAAUUAUAUUACUGCAUACAGUAAAUAAUAAAAAUUAUGAUAUAUUUGCGCUCAACAGACAUAUGUUUUUUUUUUAAACUACACUUUCUCUCCUUAUUCCUCUCUUUGAAAUCUGAAUAUAUGUGUAUAUUCGAUUAUUAAUUGUUAGUUAAUUUUGAUCAAAAAUUUUCCUUUCCGUUAAAAUUAUAAUCCUAAGUAUCGAUGUACGUUCAAAGGUUUAAACAAAUUUUGAGAAUCUUUUGAAUU